AUGAUGGCUCCUUUCAGCAGCUUGAUCCUGCUGCUUCACCUUCUGAGCUGCAUAUACACCGGACUGGCAUGUUUCUGUGACAGAUACCCAUGGACCCAAUGGUCCGUCUGCUCAAACACCUGCAACCACGGUACUCAGAACAGACAAAGGCUCACUCGCGAUGAAGACUAUUACUGGAAGAACAGCUGCCAUCAGUUGUGUGCGAAAUAUGACACCAGAGCAUGUAAUGAGCAUGCAUGUCCAAUAAACUGCAUGCUGACAGAGUAUAGCCCGUGGUCUGAAUGCUCACCCUGUGCCAAAAAACAGUUUCGUACCCGUGCUGUUGAGAGGCCUUCCCAGUUUGGUGGAGCGGCAUGUGAUGUGGUGCUGGCAGAGGAGAGACCCUGUUACCCUGCAAAUGAGUGCAAGCUACCACCUAUUGACUGUAAAGAUAAUUUCAAGUGUGGUAAUGGGCGCUGCAUCAACUCCACUUUAACGUGUAACAAACAGAAUGACUGUGGAGAUAAUUCAGAUGAGAGGGACUGUGGCAGAUUUACCUUUGUAUGCGCAGCUGACAAAACAGUUGCUACUGGGGCUGGCCUGGUGGGAAAUGGGUUUGAUGCUCUUGCAGAGAAGCCAAGGGGAGCAGUGCUUGACAAUAUGUUUAUGGGAGGAAAUUGCAUCAUCAAGAGGCCACCAACUUAUAACACCUACCAUCGCAUUCCUCACAACUUUGAGAAAUUUGAAAUGAAGGUUGGUGCACCAGAGGAUUUCAGCACUGAGCCCCAUAAGCUACACAGUGAGGCCAUCAAUUUGAAGUCCACCUCAUCAUCUACAAGCUAUGGUCCAAGUCGCAACGACUUCCUCUUCAUCCUUCUUCUUCUCCAUAAAUCAUCUCAGUCAAAGAUAACCACUAGCAAGGCUGCUUUUGAAGCCUCCAAGAAAAAGGACUCCAGCUUUAUUCGAGUACAUCAGGUUCUUCCGGUUUCUACAUAUAAAGUCAGGGACAAGGAUGACCUCGUACUUUCACUGACUUUCCUUGAAUUCCUCCAUGCUCUUCCACUUGAGUACAACUACGCGCUCUACCGGGACAUCUUCCAGCGCUUUGGAACACACUACCAUAGCUCAGGGAAACUGGGGGGUCACUAUGAUCUGCUCUACCAGUACAGCAGAGAGGAGAUGAAGUCUUCAGGUGAAACAGAAGAGCAUGUCAAAGGCUGCCUUAGCCAAGAGACCACAUUCACCGUCAUUCUUUACACAGAACACAGCAGUGCAACUCGAUGCACUGACAACAGGAUGACUGAAAAAUAUGAAGGCUCAUUCAUUCAAGCAUCAGAGAAAUCCUUCUCCUUAGUAAAGGGGGGUCGAUCUGGAGAGGCAGCAGCACUCGCCAGGGAGAGACAGGGCCCUUCUCCGGACCGAUCAACCUACAAGACAUGGGCCAAGUCGGUAAUUGACAACCCCGACAUGGUUGAAUAUGAGUUGCUUCCCAUCAUAGAUCUGGUACGUAAGAUUCCCUGCGCUGUCACAAAGAGGAGACACUUGAGAAAAGCCCUGCUGCAGUACCUGGAAGAAUUUGAUACCUGCAAAUGUGCCCCAUGUCCCAACAAUGCCAGACCAGUUCUCUCUGGUACAGAGUGCCAGUGUGUUUGCCAGACUGGCACCUUUGGUACUAAUUGUGAGAAACGGGCCCCUGACUAUACCUCAGAUGCAGUAGAUGGUUACUGGAGCUGUUGGGGGCCAUGGAGUAACUGUGGAGCUUUUAUGAGGAGACAUCGGACAAGGCAGUGCAACAACCCUGCCCCCCUUAAAGGAGGCCAACCUUGCAAUGGUCCAAACAAACAAGAAGAACCGUGUCAUGUUUCCCUUUUCGAAAAACAAGAAUCAUGUGACAAUGAUGAUGACUUUACUAUAGGCUGGAAGGAUGAGCUACCUCCAGGUUUUAAGGGUUGUCUACGGCCAAAGAGGCCUGCCAACAGCUUUCUAAGGAAAGCAAAACCAUAUUACAACUUUGGGGAAGAUGAGGAGUUUCAGUGCUUUACUGGAUUUGACCUGGAUGGUUUCCAGUUCAUCAAUUGUCUUCCUGAUGGAACCUGGAGUGUGCCAAAAGGAAAAUGCAUGAGGAAGUUCUGCGCGCCUCCAAAUAUUCCUGAUGACAUGACGUUGUUCCCCACCAAAGACGUCUACAAAGUGGGUGAUGCUGUGGGUCUGAACUGCAAAGAGCGAGGUUUAAUGCCACUGCCGCGUGGCUUUUACACCUGCACUACUGGUCUUACCUGGGAUCCUCCAAUGCCUUCUAAUCUACGCUGCACCGAUGAAGAACCAUUUGUUCCUGAUGGUCAGUGCAGCCCAGGGCAGAAGCUUCAGGGCUCUAGCUGCGUUUGUGUUGAAAGGGAAAGCUGCCUCUCAUACCAGGAGGAGCUCUGUAUCCUGAACGUAGACCUCGGUGUCGCUGUGUCAAUGUCCCUCUGCUCCUUCCAAUCUGGCCGGUGCCACGGCGAUCCACUUUUCUUUAUUAGCGAGAGUAAGUGCGACCCAGCUGAUGUGGACAAGCUGGAGUGGGCUAAAUUUAGAGCCCAGAUGUCAACAAAGAGCACUAUUUUUGCACCAUGCGAUCUUGACGUGUGUUAUGAUUGGGAGACCUGCUCAGCAUCUAAGCAGUGUAUCGUCAAAGAUGGCCGUGACUGCGUCAAGACUGACCAGGACCAAAUGUUCUGUGUGAAGCUGACACAAAGCCAAAGCCUCCGGAGCCUUAGCCUCUGUAGGAUGGCUGCAUCCAAAUAUUCAGGCUACAAGUUUGAAAUUAUCAAUGAGGGUCCCUGCAUGACCGGAUGA